AUGCGGGAUGGGCUCGAGGCCUUUCUGUCGCGAGAGUUCGACAUCCGGUGCUUUGCCUCGGCGAAAGCCUUCCUGGCAGCCCGCGGAAGCGUGGCGCGUCCGCAUUGCAUCCUGCUCGAUCUUCGAAUGCCGGAAAUGGACGGAUUGGCCCUGCAGGAAGCGCUCAGGAGUUCCGCCCCUCUUCCACCCAUCAUUUUCAUGAGUGGCGACGCCGACAAGUCGGACAUCAUUGAGGCUUGGCGCGGCGGCGCCGCCAACUUCAUCCUCAAGCCCUUCUCGGCAGAUGAAAUCCGGGAAAGCAUCCAGGCGCUUUGGGAGCGCGCUACCAUUGUCGCACCGACUCACAACCCGGACCUCCCGAUCACCCGACGGGAAGCACAGGUCCUGCUACUGCUGGGACAAGGCCUUCAGCAGAGCGAGGCGGCCGAAAAGCUCGGCCUGUCGUUGCGGACGAUCAAGAUGUACCGCCCCAAGAUCUGUUUGGCUGAUCGGGACAACACGAGCCUGCAACCAUCCAGCACGAUGCAACACCGACGCGAUCCGUUGGCUUGCCUUCGGGAUGAGCAAAUCAUCGAUGAUGCGAGCAAGUACGUCGAAGUGUGCAAUCGUCAUCUGAGCAAAAUACCGAGCGGCCCUUGGAUCAAGUGUAGUCAGCCGUUCCAUCGCCUCCAAAGACAGGUGAAAUAG